CGCUAGCCUGACAUUGAGGCCGGGUGUCCAAGAGGGGGCGGGGCCGGAGCCUGAAGUCAGCUCCCUUCGGAGUUUAUUCUCCGCCCCCUCCUUGGGGUUCCGAGGAGAGAAGCGAUUGGGAACUCUUUCCCUCUAGGAAUCUAAGAGGCUUAAGCGGGGCCUAGACUUCUCCCUUUCUCAGUUGGGAAAAAUGACGACCUCGCGGGUUCAGUGAGUCCCCUCUGCAGGCGUCGGCCGUGGCGGAUUGAUCUAAAGCGACGGAGGGGGGGCGCGGCCCGGCCCAGCCGCGGCCGCUCAUGGUGUCGCCACGACGCCAUCGCGGCGCUGGAGAGCCAGGUGUUUUGAAGUCUUCGGCCUGUGAUAAACUCAAUUGUGCAAAGUUUUCAAACUUUUCUCUCCAAGACCUCAAAAAGGCCUUUAAAGGGAGACAGCAAAUGGUGUGGGUAUUUAUCAUGAACCGAAUGAAUUCCCAGAGCAGUGCCUUUACUCAACGAAGGCGAAUGGCCCUUGGAAUUGUUAUUCUCUUACUUGUGGAUGUGAUAUGGGUUGCUUCUUCAGAACUUACUUCAUAUGUUUUUACUCAGUACAAUAAACCAUUCUUCAGCACCUUUGCAAAGACAUCGAUGUUUGUUUUAUAUCUCUUGGGUUUUAUUAUUUGGAAGCCAUGGAGGCAACAGUGCACACGAGGAUUUCGUGGAAGACAUGCAGCUUUUUUUGCAGAUGCUGAAAGUUACUUUGCUGCUUGCACUACAGAUAAUACCAUGAAUAGUUCUUUGAGUGAACCUCUGUAUGUUCCUGUGAAAUUUCAUGACUUGGCAAGUGAAAAACCUGAACGUACAAAUGGUGAGAAUGAAAAAACACCCAAAAAAUCUCGUGUAAGAUUCAGUAAUAUUAUGGAGAUCCGACAACUUCCAUCAAGUCACGCACUGGAAGCCAAGUUGUCUCGAAUGUCAUAUCCUGCUGUGAAAGAGCAAGAAUCAAUCCUGAAAACUGUAGGGAAGCUUACUGCAACUCAAGUAGCAAAAAUUAGCUUUUUCUUUUGCUUUGUGUGGUUUUUGGCAAAUUUCUCAUAUCAGGAAGCACUUUCAGACACACAAGUUGCUAUAGUUAAUAUCUUGUCUUCAACUUCUGGGCUUUUUACUUUAAUCUUAGCUGCAGUGUUUCCAAGUAACAGUGGAGACAGAUUUACUCUUUCUAAACUGUUAGCUGUUAUUUUAUGCAUUGGAGGUGUUGUUCUGGUAAACCUUUCAGGGUCUGAGAAAUCUGCUGGAAAAGAUACAAUAGGUUCUAUUUGGUCUCUUAUUGGUGCCAUGCUCUAUGCUGUCUAUAUUGUUAUGAUUAAGAGAAAAGUAGACAGAGAAGAUAAGUUGGAUAUACCAAUGUUCUUUGGUUUUGUAGGCCUCUUUAAUCUGCUGCUGUUAUGGCCGGGCUUCUUUUUACUUCAUUAUACUGGAUUUGAGGCCUUUGAGUUUCCCAAUAAAUUAGUAUUAAUGUGCAUUGUUAUUAAUGGCCUAAUUGGAACAGUUCUCUCAGAGUUGCUGUGGUUAUGGGGCUGUUUUCUUACCUCAUCCUUGAUUGGCACACUUGCACUAAGCCUUACAAUACCUCUGACCAUAAUAGCAGAUAUGUGUUUGCAAAAGGUGCAAUUUUCCUGGUUAUUUUUUGCAGGUGCUGUUCCUGUGUUUUUUUCAUUUUUCAUUGUAACUCUCCUGUGCCAUUAUAAUAACUGGGAUCCAGUGAUGGUGGGAGUCAGAAGAAUUUUUGCUUUUAUCUGUAGAAAACAUCGAAUUCAGAGAGUCACAGAAGAUAGUGAACAGUGUGAGAGUCUUAUUCCUUUGCACAGUGUUUCUCAGGAGGAUGGAACUAUUUGCUGUUCAUAAAUAAUAGCUUGAUGAUGAAGCACUAUACAGCGAAGAAACAAUCUCCGACAAGGAUAUAUAGAAAAAUAUUUCAGUGCCUACUCCAAAUUAAAAAUCAAUAGUUUCAGUUUUUUGAAACUCUAAAAUAUAUAUUUUUUCCUCAUUCUUGUUUUAUUUAGUUUUAUAAUGAACUAUUUUGCUAAAAAAUAUCACUACAACUAUAGGAUAUUCCAGUUUGUCUAAAGAAUCAACUUGCCUUACAGAUCUCAUGGGAUUUAGUUGGUGAAAUUACCAAGGAAGAAAAUGCUGAUGUUAAAGAGAUUUUGUUUUUACAUUUUUGUUAAAUGCUGGACUAUGAAGCUAUAUGUGAGAAAUCGUUAAAGUCUGUAGAUCAGUGUCCUUUUUUAGAGAAAAUGCAAAAGGCUGAGGUGCCUUGUAGGUACGAAUUAUAUUUUUGUGUUGUAUAAACUCUUGAAUAUAAACACCACAGAAAUAUAGUUUAAUUUAUGAAAUAAUACAUUUUUGCAAAUCUGAGCUAAAACAAGUUUUUGGAACAGGAUCUUUUGUUCUCUUACACUACAUAUACUAUAUUUGUAAAUUUUUUCUGUAGCAUUAUGUGCCUUGUCUGUUAUAAAUUUGAUGAUCCAGAGUAAGUUUUUAAAGGGAAAUAUAAGAGGAAAGAUUAAGUACUUAUUAGUGUAAUGAUUUGCUAAAAACUGUGCUUCCUAUAUAGAUGGGAAGAAAUGGUCACUUUUCUAUGAAGAAGUUUUAAUAAUGGGAUAAUUUAAAUUGACAUGUUCCAUUAUUAAAAUAAAAUUCUGUUUAAAUGCUGUUCAUAUAUUUAUAUAUAUUUGUAUUACAAAUGAGUCAGGCAAUUAUUAGCUUUUCCACAAGGUAAAUGUAUCCAUUUAUCCUUGAACUAUAAAUCACCCUUUUUAGUUUUGUUUUUCUAAAUGAGCUUUUAAACAAUUAAACUAAAUUGAGAAACCAAAAAGGAAUUCUGUUAUUUGAGGGUUUUGUUUGUUUUUGUAUUUUAAUAAAAGAUUGUGUACAAAGUAUUUAGCCCCUAAUUUGACACUUUAGAUUUUUGAAUAUCUACUUUGCAGCUGCUCUUGAAUUCUAACCAUUGUAGAUGGCAGUAAGUGAAUGAAUCUUGUGAUUUUUAUAUGCUUAUUGAGUAAUAAAUAGCCCCUUCCUAUUUCAAGCUUUUAAAGAGAAUAAUUUAGUUUACAUUAAAACUUCUUAACUAGCUUGACAUCUUAAGAUUCAGUUUAUAGUAACCUGCAUAAUUUAUGUCUGAAACUCUUUGUGGCAGGGAGAGAAUUAAGAGAAAACUUAGCCCCCUGGUUUCUAAACAUUCUUGUUAUAUUGUUGUUGAAAGUAUUUUUUACAUCCUAACAAUGCGGCUAUUUGUUUUUAAGUCAACAUCAUGGAUACAUUUUUGCUUUCUUUCCUGGAUCUAAUGAAAGUUUUUGGCAGUCUAAAUUAAUUUGACUUUGUUGUUUUUUUAAUUAUCUUAUUUAGAUUGUGUAUCAGGGGAAAAUGAAAGGUUUUUUGCUUUUAAAAUUACUUAAACAACUUUAGAAUCUAAUUUAAGUUUAGGAUUAUGACACAUGCUUCUCAUCUAUCUUGGUGCCUACCUUUUAAUUCAGAAGUUCCUUUGCCAAAGCCAGGUAGGGCUAGAAUGACGAGAUACAAUCAACAAUUUGAAAAUUUGCCUUCUGAAUCUUGUAAAUGCAUUAUUAAAGGAGACAGAAAUGACAUUAAAUAAAUGCUUGUAACUGAGUGAUUUGUUUUACCAGCUCAUAAUAACUAAAAUAAAAGACAGUGUGGUAUGAUGAUUAGAGAGCUGGUCUCAAGAGUGAGAAAGCCCUGGGCUCAAGUUCUGCCUCUGCCUCUCAUGUGUGACCCUGAAUAAAUUCACUUAAUAUUUCAGGUAACUCUCUAAGGCUAUAAGUUGUAGAGAAGAUGCUGUUUUACAUUGAUAAAAGAAGUUCUUCACCCAGAGUUCUUUACUUUGAUGAACUCAUAGGUCCAGGAAAAAUGAAACUUAAAAUACAAAUAAUAUCUGAAAAGGUCUAAUUAUAGUAAUGAAAGGUUAUUUUUACUGUUAUAUAUUCACAACAUCAAAAACUUUGUUUUAGUAUACCUUGUAUCAAUUUGGACAUUUUGAUUGAAAAAGUAGACAACUUCAUCUUAAAAAAAACAACAAACCCAAUCAUUUAUUUUCAAUAAUAGUGACUUACAUUUGUAUAGGACUUUAUUUUGUAAAGUGCAUUCACAUGUAUUUGAUCACUAUGAACUGUGAAAUGGACAGGACAUAUAAUUCACAUUUAACAAAUAAUUCCCAAGGCUCCUGUAUUAGAAACCAAUUGCCAAUUGUCAAGUAAUGGAAUGGUUGUCAUAAAAAAAGAAAAAUUUUCAUUUGAACACAGUAGUUCAGUUGUCUUACUUGCUACUUAGAAACAUUCUUUGAAAUUUGCUUAUGAAACAGUGGCUCUGAAACAUAAAAGGCUUGGAUCUGUGAUGGCAUGGGUGUGAACUUAUUUUGAGCACUCUUCAAUUACUAAGCAUUUAUUAAGUACCAAUGUUAAGGCACUAAUAAAGAAACUUCAUAGGAGAAGGUCAUUGGUCUCAGAGAAUUUGAGUAACAUUGUGUAUGUGUGGGGAUGAUAUCAGAUUGCUUUAUUUGAAAUUUUUAAAAAUUCAUUUCUGAAUUAAUGCUUAAAUGAUUUUUUCAUAAAAGCAAGAGAACUGCUUUGAUACUUAAUGUCCAGAAGAUCCUAUUAUGCUAAACAUGCAGUAUUGUCCUACAUAGUUUUUCAAUGGUUAUUUUAAUUUAGCUAUCAUUGAAAUCAGCAGUAUCAAAGUAUCUACUAAUUUCAGUAAUUUUUUGCAAAAAAGCAUAUAGGUUGGAAAGUGCUGAUGAUAUCUUUUCCUGUAUGGUAGAAACCAAUUUAAUUUACUUAUUAGUAUUUGCAUUUAGCUUAUAACUUUAAUUCUUUCCCUAUAUAAAAAAAUCCAGUGGAAAUUAGAUGUUUGACAAUGAGGAAAUAUAAAUAUUUUGUAUUGAUUCUAAGGCAGAGGAGUGAUAAGGGCUAGGCAGUGGGGGUUAUGUGAUUUGCCUAAGGUCAUGCAGUUAGGGAGUGUCUGAGACCAGAUUUGAACCUAGGACCUCCCAUCUCUAGGCUUGGCUAUUAAUCCACUGAGCCACCCAGAUGCACCAAAUCAAAUCUUUUUUUAAAGCAUCAAUGAUCCAAGUAUACUAAAAUGUCAUGAUCAUAUUUGGAUUUUGUGUUGUGUAAAACCAUAGUGCUCUUACCAUGUAUACCCAAAUACACACGAGAAGCAAUUCAGUGAGUAUGUUGGAAUAGAAUCUGGACACUGAAUUCUAAUGCAAACUGUACCAACUAGUUAUGUAACCUUGGUCAACUUAACCUGUUAGAAUGUAAAUUCUUUAAGUUCAGGACUGUUGCUCUUGACUUUUAAUCUCUAGCCCUUAGUAUAGUACCAGGAACACAGUAGGUACUUCUUAAAUGUGUGUACAUUAUUUAACCCCUCAGGACCAGUUUCCUAAUCUAUAAAGUGAAGGCUUUGGACUCUGAAAGUUCCAUCAAGGUAGAUAUAAGUUUAUGAUUCCAUAAAAGUUAAGUUCAUUAUAGGAAAAUUUCUAAAUAGAGUUGUCCUCAAGUGGAAAGAGUUGGUCACACAUGCAACAAGUUUUCAAAUAAAAAUUAACUUGUUGGGGGUAUUGUUGAGAGUAGUUUAGGCUAGUCUGGUUUGUUUCAAAUCUGAUUCUUUUUUUUUAACCCUUGCCAAUACUGUAUAUUGGCUCCAAGGCAGAAGAGUGGUAAGGGUUAGGCAAUGGGGGUCAAGUGACUUGCCCAGGGUCACACAGCUGGGAAGUGUCUGAGGCCAGAUUUGAACCUAGGACCUCCUGUCUCUGGGCCUGGCUCUCAAUCCACUGAGCUACCAAGCUGCCCCCUUAAAUCAGAUUCUUGACUAGAUUAAGGUCCCUUUGUGGGCUAUUUUAUUUUAAAUCAAAAUACAGUAUAACUUCCAAUCUCUGUGACUUAAUGGGUUAAUGUAAAUGACUAAGCAACUUGUGUUUGCUGGAAAGUUUUGUACAUGAAGCAAUGUUGAUGUUAUAAUGAAUGUGUUUGAUUUCACAUAUUAGAAUUCUUUACAAAUUUUCAAGAGUCAGAUACAGCACAAUUUAUAUGACAGGAAUUUAAAUGUAUACAUGAUAUUGGAAUAUGUGACAGUCCUUCGGAUAAAUAGAAAAUGAAGUACCUAUACAUUUGCUAAGCUAUUAGCAUUAUAUUUAUUAAAUUAUGUGUUCUUUACUACACCAGGUUUUAUCCAGUGGCACAAUAGUGUUAAUACUUUUUCAUAUGAUAUGUAAUUACCUACUUUUUUAUUCAAAAUCUCAGGCCAUUUUAUUUUCAGACUACUUAAAAUGAACUUCAAAGAAAAUGAGAUCAAGUAUGUUGAGAACUUAUAAGAGUGUGGUUACUUUUAAAGUAAUAACUGGGUAUUAUGUAUUUUAAAACCUUAAAAUUUGGGUUAAAGUUAAUAUGUUAAAAUGAUAGUUUGCUCCUUAUCUUUUAAUCCUAAUUUCUAAGGGAAAUACAGUAAUCAUAAACAUAGACAUAUAAUUUCUUGCCUGACCACCUACUUCUAUUCUACUGCUUAAGACUGGAUUGUUCCAAGGAACUUAAGAGUUUUAAGGGUCUCCUUGAACUGGCUUGGAUUUGUAUGCAGAAACAAAAUGAAGCAUUUGCUAUCCUCUAGAAAACAGGAGAUUUUAGCUAUUAAUAUAGUUUGCUUAAAAGUAGAGGUAAAAAAAAAGAGGUAAGACAGAAUUCUUUGAAUAUUAUUACAUUAGACUGCUUAAAAUACUGUUGAAUAUUAACUGUGAUGGGGGACCCUUUAGAGAAAAGAAAUAAUUUGGAAAAAAUAUUCAGAACAUUAAAAAUGUUGAUAUCCUUUUUCUAUCAUAAAGUAAAUUAUGGCACAAAAAUCUAUUUUGUAUAUUAUAGUGUCACAAAUAGCAAAAUUAGUACAUUCUAAAGCAAGUCUCUGUUGAUCAGUUGUGUAACAGCAAGAUUAUGUAGAAGAAAAACAUUUUGGGUUGAGAGAUUUCAAAGAAUUUUUUUUUCAAAGAAUUUUUAAAAGACAUUCAUCUUUAGUAGAACUGUGCCAUAGUCCUUUUCACUAGGAAUCUAAAAUGUUGUUAAAUGUUUUAGCAUCUACUGCAUUUGUCAAUCUAUCUUGAGUCAGUGUAGUGGUUGCCUUUGUAAUCACAUUGUAGUAUGUAUUUUAAUAUUUGAUCUGUUCUUUCUCUGUUCAAUAAUCACUGGACAUAUGUGGAUGAGUGAUUUAUAUGACAAUCAGAUAAUUAAUAGAUCCAGGAAGGUAGGUACCUGUAGUGAUAUUUUAUAAAUUAAGGAUAGAUUCUUAUUAGACUUAAUUCUUUCUGAUGUAGUGUAAGAGACUCAAUACUGGGUUUUAACUGAAAUUCAUUACAAUUGUUGAUUUUCUGACCCUCUCCCCUGACAAUUUUUAAUAAAGUAGUAAUAUUAAGAACUGACAUUAAAAAUGCAAAUAGAACAAAAAACUUUUGAAAUGCCUAAUUCUAGUUUGUAUGGUAUAACAAUCAAAAUAAAAAGAAAAUUAAGGAAGUUAGAGUAAUUUGAAAUAUCA